UGUUAUAAGAAAAGUUUGCGAAAUAUGUACACGCCUAUAGGAUCUUUCCCUAAACAAAAUUAUAUAAUUGAUCUUCUUUUUUAUUUGCAGUUACAGCAAUGCAUAGCUAUAUUGAAGUUGAAUCCAUUCCUUGUUAAGCUAAAUUCUGCUGUAGACGCAUAUGUCUCGAACAUUGAGAUAACGCCGAUCGACACAUCCAAGUGUCCAAAACUGGAUGUUUUCCCAAUUGUCGCCAAACUUCUCACCGGUGAGUUAUUGGGCGACGAACCUAUGGAUCCGCAUCGCGUUCUAGCGGAUAAUGCGCCCAGGAAGCCAGUAUGCAUUAUUAAAAUAAAACGCAGAACGGACGUUCCAUCGAUGACGGCCGUGGAAACGUAAAAGCGCAAAAUUAUGCAUUACAGAAGAUAAAUGUUAUAUAAACAAUUGUAUUUCAGUAAUAAUUUGUAUUUGACAACGUGUCAUAAACAUCAACGCGCGUCGAACAAAUCUCAAGGAAUGGAGCUUAUCUCUUAUCGGUAUCCAACGUAUGGAUUAUCCAUAAUAUGUGUAUAUUAUACACGUUCAUUUUGGUAUCUUAAAAAUACUACAUACCGCUCGCGAUCGUCGUUCUCGAUAGUCGGAGA